ACAGAAGUAUGUAAUUUGCAGAACAGCUAAAAUGGUCGACCUUAGAAAAGUAAACAAAUAUUUUCUCCGAAAUUAUUUCGAGAUUACCCAAAUGGCUUGAUGUAAAGAAAGUUCAUAUAAAUCCUCGCAGAGUAAACAUAAUUUAGAAAUUAGCAUUACGUUAUGAAUGAUGUUUUAACCCUUGACCUUCAGGGUGUUGAAUCAGUGUAUGAUGAUAAAGGAUUUCUUUUGGAUACAAUUUCAUCAGAUUCAUCUGAUAGAGAUGGCUUUUUAACCACUAUUCUUGAACAACCAACAGAAGAGUCAGUAGUUUCUCCUAAUUAUCAUAAGUUAAAAGAUCAUUUUAAUCGAUUAGUAAUUGUUUCAUGGAAAAUACGCCAAUAUGGCCUUUUAUUAAAGGCUCUAAAGAAUAAUGUGGCUAUCUUACGCUAUAAAAAUGAUGCAAGUUUUUCCAGUAUUUUGCAGAGUGUUGAAGAUUUGUUAUGUGGUGAUAAAAUGAUUAGUGUUGCUAUGCUUACUUAUGGCAGCCCAGGAAAUCUUAUCAUUUGCCAUGACAAGGUACUUUCUUUAAAAACCCUACACGAAAAUAUAGAAAUCAAGCAGUUUUUUAUUAAAUUAGUUGAUAUUUCAAUUGAUAGAUCAAAUCCUAAUUCUCAUUUUGACUUUUUAUGCACAACACUGGAUUCAACAUUUGAUGGCCAACAAACUAUUCAGGAACUUCAGGAUUAUAUUAGACUCCCAAUAACUACAAACAAAGAUAUUUUUGGAAAAGAUGGGGAAAGGUCAAAUGCUGGUGAUUUAUAUUUUAGUCCUGCAAAGUUACGUGGUUGGUCAGGAUCAGGAAAUCAAAUCAGUAAUUAUGAAAAAAUUCGCAUUUUAGGAAGAGGAGCAUAUGGAACUGCUGUUUUAUAUCGUAAAAAAGAUGAUGAUUCUUUAGUAGUUUUAAAAGAAAUAUCUCUUCUUGAAUUAAAUGUUAUUGAGCGCAAUGCUGCUAUGAAUGAGGUGAAAGUCUUAGGUAUGCUAAGUCAUCCUAAUAUUAUAAGCUAUUAUGACAGUUUUGAUGAAGAUGGUACUUUAUGGAUUGAAAUGGAAUAUGCUGAUGGAGGAACUUUAGCUGAUUACUUGAGUAAGCAGGAAAAUGAUAUGGAUGAACGAGAUAUUCUUAUUAUUUUUUCACAAAUGGUUUCUGCAAUUAAAUAUUGCCAUGAUCACUGCAUAUUACAUCGAGAUUUGAAGACUCAAAACAUCUUUUUAACUCAAGAAGGUAAAGUAAAGCUUGGUGAUUUUGGAAUAGCAAAAAUUAUAAACACUCAUAACAUGGGCAAUUUUACAGUAGUUGGUACUCCAUAUUACAUAUCACCAGAAAUGUGUGAAGGUCUUGCAUAUGAUAAAAAGAGUGAUCUUUGGUCACUAGGUUGUAUUUUGUAUGAAAUGGCCAAUUUAACCAAAACUUUUGAUGGUACGAAUCUUCCUGCUCUAAUAACAAAAAUUGUGUCGGGAACAUUUGCUCCAAUCAAAGAAACCUAUUCACCAGAAUUUCGAAUGCUUGUGCAUGACAUUUUAAAAAAAAAUCCUAAUUUAAGGCCAUCUGCUGAGGAUAUUUUAUUUAAUAGACUACCUGAGUUGCUCAAGAAGUAUGCUGAUUUAUCAGAUCCAGCUGAAGAAUUAUCAUUAAACUCUGUUAAAACAAGAUCACUUCUUUAUUAUUGGGAUGUUUCAACUAUGCAAUUAUUUUUAGUGAAAGGAUUGCCAAAUAAAAUUCAAAUAACUGAGGUUUCUGUUGGCCUUGGUCACCUUGCAGUCAUAAGUACAGAACGUGGUAUUUUUACUUGGGGAGAUAACUCAUUUGGUCAAUUAGGUGUUGGAGAUAAUGAACCUCGUAAUCAGCCAACAGAAAUUGAAAGUUUACGUGGGAAGUGUGUAAUUAGUGUUGCUUGUGGUAACUAUUUUACAGCAUUUUUAACAGACAAUGGACUAGUACUUACUUGUGGUCAAGGUGAAUUUGGAUGUCUAGGACAUGGUGAUUGGUUAAGCAUUAACACUCCAAAGCUUGUUGAUGAACUAAUGACAUUAGAUAUUACAUCUUUAGUAGCAGGAUCAAAUCAUGUAGCUAUUACAACAUCAGAUGGUAAAGUUUACACUUGGGGUUGUGGACUUGAUGGAAGAACUGGUCAUGGGACUGAAGACAAUAUCUGCAUACCUAAACUUGUCUCAUUUGGUAAUGAGAAAGUCUUUAUUCAAAAUGUCCAAUGUUCCAGUAAUGGAACUGUGUUUAUCAGUGAUGCAGGAAAUCUAUUUGCAUGUGGAAGCAAUCAAGGAAAUAAAUUAGGCUUAAACCCAAGACAAGGUUUUUUAUAUCAAUUUCGUUCAAAGUCAAGUAAGAACAUUGUAGAAAAAGCAAAAGUUCCAACAUUAGUCAAGUACUCUUGUAAGUACCAAAUAUCUACUAUGCAAUUUGGAACAAGUCAUUGCACAAUGAUGAGUGUUGAUGGAAAGGUUUACACAAAUGGGGAAAAUGAAUAUGGACAACUUGGGUGUGGAAAUUUAAAGCCUCGUGAAUUGCUUUCUAAUGUUAAAGGAUUAGAAGAAGUUUCAGUUACUACUAUUGCAUGUGGAUCUAGUUUUAGCAUGGCUGGUAUUCACACUCAGUUAAAAGAACAUCCAUUAAAUUUAAUUUAUUUUUGGGGAACAAAACCACAAAAGCGUAAGAAAAGUAUGAUACCAGAAUCAAAUUCCAAGCUCAUUAGAAAAAGAAAUUUAUCUAUGGUUGAUGAAUCUGAUCAAAAUUUUAGUACACGUGAUGAAAGUGAAGUUUUGAGAAAUUCAUCCAGAACAAGCAUGUCUGAACCAAACUCAUUAAAACUAUCUUUAGGAGUGUCAUCAGAAAAACUAAGUGAUAUUGAUGAUUCCACCAGAAAGUAUUUAGAAGAUAUUUUAAAGGGUUUUUUUUCACAAACAUUAAAUCUGUCUACAAAACAAGGAGAAACAUUUUCAUCACCAUGUGUUGUUUUUAGCAUUGAUUCAAUAAGUGAUGUUGAAGGUUAUGAAGAUGAAGAUUUUCCUGUUGUUUUGAGGAGUAUUUAUUCCUCUCAACACCAUGUUUUAAUUCAAUUUGAAACAAAUGCUCCUCCCCCCAAAACUGUUGCUACAAUGAAGAAAAGUGAAGAGACUACAUAUAGCAUAGAUGAAAAGACAGUUAUAGAAAAUUUUUCUGAAAGAGAAGAAGUACCUACUUGGUUACAAAAUGAAUUACAAGAUGGUAUUCCAUUAUCUAGUAUUAAAGGCUCACAACCUUUUCUAGAAGAGUUUAGAGAAAAUGUUUUAAAAGAAAAAUCUCCACUUGUCAGAUCUAAAUCUAUAAUUUCAAAAAGAAGAAGUAGCCUAAGUAACAGCAAAGACCCAAAUUUUAAUUUAAUUCCCAAAAUUCAAAGACAAGGAACAUUCACCCAAAAAGAUUCCUUUUUUCAAGAAAGCAAGAAAGUUGAUGGGUCAAAACCGCAAAUUGUUCGUGAUUGUUCAUCACCAAGUGAUAAAGUUAAGCACAAUGUUGCAGCUAAUAGUUCUGCUGAUGUAGAGUAUACACCUGUUGAAAGAAUUGGUGAAUCAAUCAAUAAUGAGAUUUCUUCUCCUAAAGUUUCUCGAAGUACUGACACAAAGUUCAAGAUAAAAACACUUCCAUCUACUAAAUUAAGAGAAAAAAAAAUUCCUGUAAAAACAUCUUUAAAAUUCAGAAGGAAUGAUAUAGGCCCUACUAUUAGCGAUUCUGAAGAUAGUGAAAUGAGAAAAGAGCGUGAAAAAGAGUUAAUAAAGUUUCAUGAAGAACAGCUAAAGGAAAAAGAUGAAAUUUUGUUUAAAAAAGAACAAGAAGCUAAGAAAAGAGAACAAGAACUAAAGGAAGAAAUUUUAAGUUUGAAAGCCGAUCUUAACAAUCAAAACAGCAAACUUCAAGAUAAUUAUAACAUCUUGCUGUCACUUCAAGAGCAACUACUUUGCAUGCAACAGACUCAAAUAAGAAAUGUUAUCAGUACAAGUUUUCCGAGAAAUGACCCCCCGGUUUAUACGAAAGAAUCAGGCUCCAAAAGUUCUAUUUGUGAUCUUAUGUAAACUACCUUGGGAUUAUCUUGUUUCCUUGACUACUCACCCAUGAUUUUGAUAACAAAAUUGUUUUAUAUUUUUUGUAUCGUUUUGAUAUUAAGGCUUGUACUGUAAAAGAUAUUUAAAUUUUUAUUAUUGUUAUUAUUAUUUGCUAAAAUGUAUAUAGUGUAAAAUAUAAAUUUUUAACAUACUGUAUAUUUACUGCAUAUUUAUUAUAAGUGAAGUUUUAUUAAACAAUUUAAAGCUUAAAAAA